UCAUGCAAAUCCAUGGUGUUCCAUUGAUGCUCUCAUCUUGAGGCCUGUCCCACGUAUGGCGCCCUCACAUCGCCACAUUCAACUAAUCCACCCCAAUUUCUAAGAUUCUUUGCACCCUUCUCGCUCGCCGUGCGUUCCACUUGAGAGAAGUAGGAAAUUAGUUUAUAAUUCGACAGUUAGCCUCGUCUUCAGGACAUUACGUCGGUAAUUCAGCCGUAUAAUCCGCCACGAAUAGCUGCUCUCCUAGGAGUGCAUCAUGGAAGUCAAGGAGAGCCUGACUCAAUCUCCUGGAUCCGCUCUUCGUCGCUCAGCCAAUCACGACGACGGAAUAGAUCCCUUCGAUGCAAUCCUAGAUGCCGACGACGGCUCCGAUGACGCCAGCCCGUCCCACACGAAAUCCCGGCCGUCGAAUCUCCUCCGUCCGAUCCAGCAGCUCUGGCGACGGCCCGUCGUGCGAUUCGCCGUGGCACAGAUCUUCGUCGUCUGGGUCGUCGCAGCGACGGUUCUCUACAUCCAAGACGUCGCAAUGUCGCACGAAGGGUCGCUACAACAUAGCGACAUCUCAGGCUUAGGUUUAGGCGGCGCCGGCGCCGGCGGCCAAGCAACCUUAUUAGAGCAUCUUAAGAAGCGCUUCCACGAGCGGUGUCCGAUGCGUCCUCCAGUUUGCCGCCCCAGAAUAGACAUGAAAGCGGUCGCGCAUAGCGCGAAGCACUUCUACGCGCAAGACAAGCCUGCGGACGGGGAAGCUGCGGCGGGAGUGGGGGGCGCGGGGGGGUCCGCGGAGGGAAAGAAUGGGACUAGCGCGGGCGGGGAGGGGGAGGGCGGCGGAGCGGGGGACGAGCUUCCGCUGGUGGUGUUCUUUGCGGGGAUCGAGGGGUCCGGGCAUAAGUUCUUUGAACAGGUGUUUCGGAACAUCAAGAAAGUUAACUUCAGCGUGGUGGCGUUCGAGCCGCUGCUCCAUCUCACCUCGGAGGAAACGCAAACACACGUCCAUGGCGUGGAUGCACGCUGUCCCCGUCUGCCCUAUGCUCGCCCGCUGCGAGCCUAUGCCAAGGAGAUGGCGGUGCGGCUGGCAGAGAUUGGCAACUCCCCAUACCUGCGCGCCCGCGAUUCCUACCCUCUGGGUCGGGUUCGGACGCCGCUGGCUCGGCCGGACCUGGUGCACAUGCUGCAGCUGGACGGGCUGCUGUUCAACCUCAAGGUGGUGGUGAUAUCGAGGGGCCUGCCUGACGCUGUUAGAUCGGCGUACAGGAUGGGAUACCAUGGAGGCGACCUGGGCCUGCAGGUGCGCAUAGUGGAGGACGAGAUGGUGUUUCUCGACACCACCAUGCGCAUGAUCCCCUGCAGCAAGUACAUCGUGCUCGACUUCGACUGGGUCGCCGACAGCCCCGAGCUGGUUGCGGAGCCUCUGGCAGAGUUUCUUGGAAUGGGGCUGACAGCACAGGAUGUGAUUGCCGGCGUCAAGGGCGCUACACAGACCAAGCCCAAGCACCAGACGGAGUACCCGGAAUUUGGCGGGCAGGCGCUCGAUGAGUUUUUUUCCGUCCGGGCAGACAUGUGGCCGCUGUUACUGGCUUGCCGGUCGACUCCUUUCUUCCGCCCGCUCCAUCCACGAGAUUGGCCGAUCACGCACUCUGAACUGGCCGGGGUGAUGGAGAGAAGGCAAGGGUAUGAUUAUGAUUAAUUUCGGUGUACAGAAGUGUACCACUACUUGUACGUGUAAAGAGGGGAUUGACAUAAGGAAGCAAGUGACUUUGAUACCGGUAGUGCCUUUGAAGUUAGAAUGGAAGGAAUUGUUU